UUAGCCCCGUAGUCCCACAACAUCAUCUGAACUAUUCUCAUCGAUGAAGAAACAUUUGCUUAAGCGCUGAACAGCAACGGCAGACGGCAACACAGAGUUGACGACAGACGGCGGCGCACGGUGGACGACAGCAUAAAGUGGAUUCAACGGCUUGACGGCGGUGGUACAGGCAGCGAAGAAGAAUCAAGGACUGAAGAUCAAGCUCUGCCAUGCUUGCAUUUUCGAGAGGCUUUGUUUCCCGUUUGCAGCGCUUUGCCGUCAAUUCACCCUCAUCGCUCCGAUUUCUUAGUUCUGAUGCAGAGAUUCAGACUCGGAUUAUUGAUCCAAAACCUGGUUUGAUGACCCCUGAUUCCAAGCGAACUGGGCUUAUAGCGGUAAAAUGUGGAAUGAGUGCGCUUUGGGAUAAAUGGGGUGCUAGAAUCCCAAUCACUGUGCUUUGGGUGGAUGAUAACAUUGUGUCUCAGGUUAAGACCCCAGAGAAAGAAGGUUUUUGUUCUCUCCAGAUUGGUUGUGGACAUAAGAAGGAAAAACAUUUGACAAAGCCUGAAGUUGGUCAUUUUAGGGCGCAAGGAGUUCCAAUGAAGAGAAAGCUUAAGGAGUUUCCAGUGACAGAGGAUGCACUUCUUCCUGUUGGAACAUCACUUAAUGUUCGCCAUUUUGUUCCCGGCCAGUAUGUUGAUGUCACAGGAAUAACCAAAGGAAAAGGUUUUCAGGGUGUGAUGAAGCGGCAUGGAUUUAAGGGAGGUCCAGCAUCCCAUGGUGCUUCAUUGUCCCAUCGAAGCGCUGGUUCUGUUGGUCAUAUAACUGGUCCGGGAAGGGUUUUUAAAGGUAAAAAGAUGGCUGGGCGAAUGGGUGGAGAACAAAGAACUGUUAAAAGUGUAUGGGUCUAUAAAAUUGAUCCAGCAAGGAAUUUGAUGUGGGUGAAAGGCCAGGUCCCAGGAGCUACAGGGAACUUUGUUUUUAUAAAAGAUGCUGUAUACAAAAAACCUGACAUAUCCCUGCUUCCUUUCCCAACUUACUUUGCCCCAGAAGACGAAGAUACUGAUGAUUUGAAACCAUUGGUUGCGGAGCUAGGGGAUGUGGAUCCGUUUAUCGUUACUGAUUAAAAAGAGCUGGUUUUCAUGAUACGUUCACUUCUGCAUUCAUGUUUUCUGAGUAUAGAUGGUAAAAUGAGAUUUUUAAGGAACCUUUUUACCUGUCUUUUACGGCAAUGCUACAAAUAAGUGUGGAGUUUUGGAAUUAAUGUAUCAUAGGAUUUAUUCUAAUUGAAUCGUUUCCUUUUUUAGGUAAUA